AUCCUGUUUGCCAGCUUGUUGACCCUCUGUGUUCCCCUCCUGCAGCGUUUAGGGGCCAUUGCUGUGGACGGAGAGACGGGGACGUGAGCAGCCAUUGAGGACGCCCAGGGUGCCGGUGACCCCCCCCCCCCCCCCCCCCCCCCCCAACUGCUUGGUGUGCGGGUUGAGCUUCGAGGGGCUGAGCUUCGAUGGAGGACCACAUGACGGGGCAAAACAAGGAGAAGCGUUAUGAGUGCGACGUGUGUGGCAAGGCCUGUCAACGCCCGAGCUGGCUAGAGAGCCACAGGCAGGAGCACACGGGAGAACGCCCCUUCGACUGCUCGGAGUGCGGCAAGAGCUUCAAGACGGCGGAUGUGCAAAAGAUCCACCGGCGGGUGCACACGGGUGAGAAGCCCUAUGGCUGCUCCACCUGCGGCAAGAGCUUUGCCCAGAUAUCGGGGCUGCGGGAUCACCGGUGGGUGCACAGCAGUGAGCGGCCCUUCACCUGCUCCAACUGCGGCAAAUGCUUCAAGUUGUCGCCGGACCUGAAGAGGCACAGGCUCCUGCACACCUGCAGCGACUGUGGCAAGGGCUUCAUCCUCUCCAGCUACCUGGUAUCCCACCAGCGCACCCACACUGGCGAGUGCCCCUUCACCUGCUCCCAGUGCGGCAAGGGCUUCACCUCCUCCAGCAGGCUGCUGUCCCACCAGCGCACCCACACUGGCGAGCGUCCAUACACCUGUACCCAGUGCGGCAAGGGCUUCACCUCCUCCAAGCUGCUGUCCCGCCAGCGCACCCACACUGGCGAGCGUCCCUACAACUGCACCCAGUGCGGCAAAGGCUUCACCUCCUCCAGCAGGCUGCUGGAGCACCAGCGCACCCACACCGGCGCGCGCCUCUACACCUGCACCCAGUGCGGCAAGGGCUUCACCUGCUCCAACCAUCUGCUGUCUCGCGGGGGUUGCGGCAGCACCGGCGGACCCCCGCCGGCGAGCAGCUGCUCGCACUGUGACAAGAGAGCACGACAGGGACAUUCCCUGAGGGAUUCGGGGGGUUGGAAGAGGUUUCUUCUGUGUUUUUCCCCCCGGUUGUUGUCCGGGGAGGAAGGCGGCGGCACUCGGCCCGUCGGGGCUAGGAUGCGCGGGAGGAAGGCUGAGCUCGCCUCCCCUGCCCCGACCCGCAUCGCCUCCCCUGUCCACCAUAUCGAGGGGGAAGCGAGAAAACUCCACACGGACAGAUCGGUCUGUCCGGAGACGGGCCCUUCAGCCCCUCUCGUCCGUGCUACCUCGGGCUUUCUGCAACACAAUCUUGCACUGUUCUGCACUGGAUAUUAUUCAUUGCGUUUGUCAUCUGUAUGUACACUGUUUGCUGGCGGCUGCGUGUGA